AGUUUGAUGUUCUCCUGGCCGCUUGUGUUGUGCCGCUAUUAUUGUAGUGCUGGUAUUGCGGCGCUUGUAUUGAUAAAGCACAGAUUCAGGUCAGGAGAGCAGAUCAGUGUCCGGUAUUGUGCCUCCAUUGGAUAACAGCAGAGGUGAAUACACCUGAUUGGUCAUCAUUGAAGAUUAAUUCUUGAUGGUAUAAAAAGGUUGUGUGUACUGUUAGUGUGAUGCCCCCGCGCGUGGACGCUGCCGAUGUUGUCCACACACUGCGGAGUUGAUGUGUAGAGUGGAGACGUAACUCCCAGGGAUGGGGCAACACGCACGAUACACUGCGUCAGCAGGCCUGACCCCAAGUAACUCCGGACGUCCUUCCCCCCAGGUGAGGCAAGACCUUUGUUCAGCUUGUAACCAUGGUGCUGACUGGCUACGGCAGUAAGCGAUCAGGCUCGCGUGGUUCGACACGAGCUGUGGACAUCCCUCUCGAAACUAUCAAGCAGGGAAGUAGGAUGGACCCCCAAGAGAGGAUAUUUUUAGAGGCAGCAGAAAAGGGAGAUAAGCCGACAAUGAUCCGUUGUCUCCAUGGUUCGAAUCCAGUGAACGUCAACUGUACAGACAUGUUGGGCCGCUCAGCCAUUCAGAUUGCUGUUGAUAACGAAAACAUGGAAAUUGUAGAGCUGCUGCUGAAGCAGGAUGGGGUUAAAAUCGGUGAUGCGUUGUUGUACGCAAUAAGGGAAGGCGUGUAUCGUAUUGUCGAGAUGUUGAUUGAGCAUCCUUCAAUUACACGAGAAAUGCUGGGUUAUGAUUGGUCAAAAACUCGUCAUAUGGAUGAAGAAAGUUUUGACUAUUCUCCCGAUAUUUCUCCAGUGAUUCUGGCAGCUCAUUGCAACCAGUUUGAGAUACUGCAACUUUUACUACUCCAUGGUGCAACCAUUGAACGGCCUCAUCAGUUAUCAUGCUCCUGCAAGCGAUGUCAAGCACAAGUGCAUGCUGACAGCUUACGCCAUUCACUACUCAGAAUCAAUACCUAUCGGGCCUUAGCAAGUCCGGCGUGGAUCUCCCUCACCAGCCCCGACCCGGUCCUCGCAGCCUUCAUGUUGUCCUGGGAGCUCGACAAACUGGCGCUCCGCGAAAAUGAAUUCAAAGACUCGUACCUUCAGCUGGCUCAUCAGUGUCGGAAGUAUGCGUGUGACCUCCUGGACCAGUGUCGCAGCAGCGAGGAGGUGAUUGCGGUGCUGAACAAGAUGACGGACGGCGAGGAGGAGGACGAGGAAGAGGAGGAGGAUGACGGAAACGAUAAGCUCACCUUGUCCAGAUUAAAACUGGCCCUUAAGUAUGAGCAAAAACAGUUUGUAGCUCACCCGCACUGUCAACAGCUCCUCACCUCCAUCUGGUACGAGGGACUUCCAGGAUGGAGGAAGCGCAACGGCUUCACCAAGUUCCUCAUCUGCAUCGGGCUCAUCCUCCUGCUUCCCUUCAUGGCCGUGUACUACUGGGUCUUCCCUCGCAGUAAAAUCGGACAACUCCUUCGAAGCCCAUUCAUGAAGUUCCUCUACCAUAGCGCAUCAUUCGGAGUGUUUCUGUUUCUGCUAGUGUGUGCGUCAACAGACAUCAGUACUUCUCAUAAGCGGGAGAAAUUCCGAGGAUUACCUCCGUCGGAGCUGGAGUGGUUGAUAGUGCUGUGGGUGACAGGGUUUAUAUGGGCGGAGUGCAAGCAGCUGUGGGAGGAGGGUCUGAAGGCGUACGUGCGGCAGUGGUGGAACUGGCUAGACUUCAUCAUGCUGUCCCUGUAUCUGGCAACAUUCUCACUGCGAUGUGUUGCAUUCCUCCAGAUCGAGUCUGGUAACUACGGACCAAAAGAACUAGCCAGGAGCGACUGGCCGCACAACGAACCAACCCUCAUAUCAGAGUCUCUAUUUGCCAUUGCAAAUGUUUUUAGCUUUGCUCGGAUUAUAUACCUGUUCCAAGCCAACCAGCAUCUGGGACCACUCCAGAUCUCACUCGGGUGUAUGCUCAUUGACAUCGCCAAAUUCCUCUUCAUCUUUUUCCUGGUGCUUACGUCCUUCGCUUGCGGAAUCAAUCAACUGUACUGGUACUACUACCCUAGCAACGAGGAUGCAGAAGAUGUAUUCUUCACCUUGCCCGGUGCCUACACAACGCUAUUCUGGUCGCUGUUCAGUCUUACCCCCCCAAAAGCUGUGGAGAUCCAGGAUGCUCAGACAUUCACCAUCGCUACAGGGGAGCUGCUGUUCAUGCUGUACCAUGGCAUGACCAUCGUCGUCCUGCUCAACAUGCUCAUCGCCAUGAUGUCAAGUUCCUUCCAGGACAUCGAGAACCACGCUGACAUGGAGUGGAAGUUUUCUCGCUCCAAACUUUGGAUGGGAUAUUUUGAUGAGGGUUCCACCCUCCCGCCUCCCUUCAAUCUCAUCAUCAGCCCUAAAUCCAUCUACUACUUCCUCUGUGCCCUAAAGAACUGUUUCUGUUUCUGCUGUCCAGCAAGUCGCAACAGCUCUACCCAGCGCAAGACGUCCGAGGGAACAAUCAGGUCCAAACAGUCUGUGGGCCCCGUGGAGUAUGAUAUCUACAAGACUGUAGAAAGUGGCAAUCCCUAUGAAAUAGAAGAAAGACCAACUUACAACAGCGAUGUUCACGGAGUUAUCCCCCCUAGCCCGGAUGCCCUGCAAUAUCAGGAUGUGAUGCGCCGGCUGGUGAGUCGCUACAUCCACCAGACCAAGAAGCAGUUGCGACAAGAUGGAGUGAAUGAGGACGACCUGCUGGAGAUCAAACAGGACAUCUCAAGUCUCAGGUUCGAACUCCGAGAAGACAGAAAGCGUGAGUGUGCACGGACCUCAUCACACAUGGAUUGCCUCCGCCAAGAUAUAGUCCACACACUGCGAGGUGUUUCACCUACGUCAAGCCCAAGGUUACACAACCUCCAGAAGGUCAACUCUAGUACCAGCAUUAGUAACUUCGGCAACAGCUACCAGAACCUCAACAACAACAACAGCUUUGGCAACAACAGCUAUCCCAGCAUGCUCUCCCAGCAGGAUCUCGAUUACUUGAAAUGGGAGUUGAUGUCUGGACUGAGAUCUGAGGUCAAGGAUGCGAUACAGUCCUGUCUCCAGACGCAGGCACCCCCUCCGCCACCCUCCAUGAUGUCUAGCAUGGGUUCAGACCUCUACCACACCCACCUGUAUACACAGCUGUGAGGUGUCUGUAUACACAGCUGUGAGAUGUCUGUAUACACAGCUGUGAGAUGUCUGUAUACACAGCUGUGAGAUGUCUGUAUACACAGCUGUGAGAUGUCUGUAUACACAGCUGUGAGAUGUCUGUAUACACAGCUGUGAGGUGUCUGUAUACACAGCUGUGAGAUGUCUGUAUACACAGCUGUGAGGUGUCUGUAUACACAGCUGUGAGAUGUCUGUAUACACAGCUGUGAGGUGUCUGUAUACACAGCUGUGAGGUGUCUGUAUACACAGCUGUGAGGUGUCUGUAUACACAGCUGUGAGAUGUCUGUAUACACAGCUGUGAGGUGUCUGUAUACACAGCUGUGAGAUGUCUGUAUACACAGCUGUGAGGUGUCUGUAUACACAGCUGUGAGGUGUCUGUAUACACAGCUGUGAGGUGUCUGUAUACACAGCUGUGAGGUGUCUGUAUACACAGCUGUGAGGUGUCUGUAUACACAGCUGUGAGAUGUCUGUAUACACAGCUGUGAGGUGUCUGUAUACACAGCUGUGAGAUGUCUGUAUACACAGCUGUGAGAUGUCUGUAUACACAGCUGUGAGGUGUCUGUAUACACAGCUGUGAGAUGUCUGUAUACACAGCUGUGAGAUGUCUGUAUACACAGCUGUGAGAUGUCUGUAUACACAGCUGUGAGAUGUCUGUAUACACAGCUGUGAGGUGUCUGUAUACACAGCUGUGAGGUGUCUGUAUACACAGCUGUGAGGUGUCUGUAUACACAGCUGUGAGAUGUCUGUAUACACAGCUGUGAGAUGUCUGUAUACACAGCUGUGAGGUGUCUGUAUACACAGCUGUGAGAUGUCUGUAUACACAGCUGUGAGAUGUCUGUAUACACAGCUGUGAGAUGUCUGUAUACACAGCUGUGAGAUGUCUGUAUACACAGCUGUGAGGUGUCUGUAUACACAGCUGUGAGGUGUCUGUAUACACAGCUGUGAGAUGUCUGUAUACACAGCUGUGAGAUGUCUGUAUACACAGCUGUGAGGUGUCUAUACACAGCUGUGAGGUGUCUGUAUACACAGCUGUGAGGUGUCUGUAUACACAGCUGUGAGGUGUCUGUAUACACAGCUGUGAGGUGUCUCUAUACACUACUGCGAGAUAUCUUGUCUGCUUGUACUAGUCUGGACUAAUGCCUAUUUUAAAGUGCUAUCCGAGAAACCAUGCCACAGUUUAACAUGAAUACCCCACCAGUCCUUGUUUUAGCCCCUAAAUGCAGGCCCCUAUAUUCCGAGGGCCAGACAGGGUUCUAACAAAUAUCAUCUUUGAACUUCUUUUGGUAUGACACAGGCAGGGAUCGAACACUGGACCUUCCACUCUCUGGGCAGAGAACGAGACCACGGAGGCAGUUUCAUAUUUAAGUAACAAACAUGUAAACAAACAUUAAUUUGAUGUGUCUUGACCUGAGGAUUUGUUUGUUUUGCAUACUCUAAGUAUCUUUGUUGCAGUGGCGCCCACACAAUUCACUGUCAAGCUAUGAUGUAACAGAACUAGUGUUCAAAGCGGUGUAAAACCCAAUCCCCUCACUCACUCACUUCAAUGUUGCAAGAUACCUGCUCGUCUGUAUGUAUAAGGGGCGGUCAGGUAGCCUAGUGGUUAAAGCGUUCGCUCAUCACGCCGAAGACCCGGGUUCGAUUCCCGACAUGGGUACAAUGUGUGAAGCCCAUUUCUGGUGUCCCUUGCCGUGAUAUUGCUGGAAUAUUGCUAAAAGCAGUGUAAACCCAUACUCACUCACUGUAUGUAUAUAGUAUGCAAGAUGGCCCUAUCUGUAGAUACAACUUUGUGGGGAGGUCCUCUUGUCUUGAGAUUCAGGUUUUGUAAGAUAACGUUGGGCCUUUAUAUAGAGAUAAGCAAGAAAAACUGUCCUUUAGUAUACAGUUUUAGUGUCAAAGAUCUGACUAGUGUUUACAGCCAUCACUGCAUGCCAAAUGUACUUAUAGUGCAAGCGAUGGUGGCACCGGUGGGGCAGGAUACGCUCACCCUGAGGCUACAACACCAGACAUUACCACUAUCUGAUACAGGGAUGAGAACGAUAUUUUCCUUUUCAGCUGAAAUGUCUUUUCAAUGGAGCGUGGUCCAUAAUUUGGGGGUGUUUAUAGGGGGUUCAUCAAAUUUUACAAAGUUGUGCUCACGAAAAUUUGUGUAAAUUAGCAGAAGAUUCUGAUCCCUGCUAACAACACAUGCUUAGGAUGGACAAUAGUGCUCGGAAUACAAUGGAUCCUGCUUUUAGCAGAGAUUUUUAUGAAUACAGAAAAGGUUUUGUGACGUUUAUUAUUUAAGAAAGCUGAUGUGAUAUGCAAUGUUUGUGACCUUUACACCUGACCAUUACCAGGUUUGAUGGAGAGUAUAUUCACACAUAUUGAUAAGUAUACAAGGCCAGUCAAGGGAAACUGUAUCUUUAGUUUUGCAUUGAGUUCAAUAAUAAAACCAAUUAGCCUGUCUGUUUUCUUUAAACUCAUGUCCAAAUAACAGUACAUCUGCAAUAUAUGAAUUGACCUUGUGUCUGUUUUCUUAAAACUCAUGUCCCAAUAACAGUACGUCUGCAAUAUAUGAAUUGACCUUGUGUCUGUUUUCUUAAAACUCAUGUCCCAAUAACAGUACGUCUGCAAUAUAUGAAUUGACCUUGUGUCUGUUUUCUUUAAACUCAUGUACCAAUAACAGUACAUCUGCAAUAUAUGAAUUGACCUUGUGUCUGUUUUCUUUAAACUCAUGUACCAAUAACAGUACAUCUGCAAUAUAUGAAUUGACCUUAUGUUUUAUGUUGUGACACUUUCAUAUUGAUUAUUUGUUGUUUUAACCAACAAGAAUAAUAUUUGUUGUUUUAACCAACAAGAAUAAUAUUUGUUGUUUUAACCAACAAGAAUAAUAUUUGUUGUUUUAACCAACAGGUUGCUAAUUGUUGUUAGACUUGUAUUGUAGUCAGAGAGUUUACAGCUCUGGAGCCGGCCUCGGGCUGUUGGGAACAUCUCACAUGCCAUUUUGUGAUAUUUGUCGAUACCUGUAAAUAUCUUCAUUUCCAUUUGACUAUUUAAUAUCAUGCGUAAUAGAACAGUAAAGUCGUUUUAUCUAA